AUGCUCUUCUACUCCUUCUUCAAAACGCUCGUCGGCCAAACAGUGACAAUCGAACUCAAGAAUGAUCUUUCCAUUCAAGGCACGCUUGUAUCUGUCGACCAAUUCUUAAAUAUCAAGCUAGAUGAUAUCAAAGUCGUGGACGAAAAGAGAUAUCCUCAUCUGGCGUCAAUAAAGAACUGCUUUAUUCGUGGCUCGGUCGUCCGGUAUGUCUCUCUUCCAAAAGCUGCUGUCGACACUGCUCUGCUUCAAGAUGCUGCUCGCAAGGAAGCAACCACCAGGAGAUAG